ACUUCCCGGCGGCUCGGGCCGGUCCCUCAGCUGCUUCGGCGGGCCGGGGGCGGCGGUUCGGCUCCAUUCGGCCCGGCCCAGCCGACAGUUUUUUGCAGCUGUUAGAAAAUGGAUGAUUUCUGAAGGUCUGAACAAAAUGCAAAUAAUGGGCAGCUGCAGCAGAAUUGCCAGGGGGAUUUCAUGAACCGGGGAAGAAUGGGAAAAAAUCCAAUGGAAGAAAUGUCUCAAAGAUGAAUGUCAGUAGUCUUCAAGCACGGAAUGACUGCCUUGUGCACAAUGAAAUAUUUAUGUCAAGCGGCCAGAAAUGAGAGCAGAUAUGCAAAAAGGUUCUUUGGUACUCUUCUGCCACAGACAGCACAAAAGUGGCUCUUUUCUCCAUUCUGGAUAGCGGUACCUGACCCUAGGAAGUCAGCUGUGUUUGGGCUUACUCAGCCAUAUUGUACAGGUGAAAAAUCUCACGCACAACCAAAAAGUAAAGCGGCAUUUGGAAGCGUUGGGCGAAGAAUUCCCUAUCGUAUUUUACACGUAAUCAAUCAGGAUGGGGAGAGCUUAGGAAACAUGCACCGAGCAGAGGCACUCAGACUUAUGGAUGAGCAUGGCCUGAAACUGGUUCUGCUUCGUGAGAACGUAGAACCUCCAGUUUACAGACUGAUGACUGGGCAGCAGAUUCAUGAAGAGCAGCUUAAACGUGCAGAGAAGAAAAAAGCAAGUCCAAAGCAAGGGGUGGUGCAGAAGGAGUUGUCCUUUUCUUCAGCUAUUGCCAAGAACGACUUAGAGACCAAGACUAAACAGAUAGCACAGUGGAUUGACAAGAGACACCAUGUUAAGGUUACCAUCCGGCAAGCCAAGGGCAGCAGUACAGACAUGUUCAUGCUUUUUGAUCAAAUUUUGGAGACUGUGUCUGAGAAAGCAACUUACCUUUCCAAGCCAAAAGUUGCUAGAGAAGGAGUGAGUACCUGCAUUUUCAGGCACAUGUCUGACAAAGAGUUGAAAGAACACCAGAAGAUGGAAAUCAAGAAAAACAAUACAGUAAAGAAAGAUGAAAACCAAGAUCUGAAGUCAAAUGAGUUGCAUCAAUGACUUUCUGAAGCAGUGUAAACAAUAUAUAUUUAUUUAAAAAAUAAAAUUUAAAAAAAUUAA